UUUCUGUUAAGCUUGCACUGAAUAUUUAUUAGUUAGUCCGCUGCAGAGUGGCAUGUCUGAGGAGGUUAGAGUUACCUGAGAGAAGCGGCACAGCACGCUGAAAGACUUCAUUUAUGAGGGCUAUUCCAGCGGGCUACCUUUGACCGGUUUGUUCCCCAUAGAGCCACGAGAAACACUGUAAUCAUGUCUGAGAGCCCCGAAGACCAGCCAAGUACUGGAGUCUUGGGUCGUAUUGGCAGUUGGCUCUCUCCGUGGAGGGGAAAAGCUCCGAAGACUCCUACUGAAAAUGCCCCCUCAACUGGCGAUCACACUCCUAAGUCAGAGGGAGAAGUGGAAAGUGAGGAGACUGUGAGACCCUGGGCUGGAGAACAGCAGCAAGAGGAGGAGAAUCCCCAUCUGCAGGGUUUCUUCAGAGGCGUUUUCCCUUGUGACGAGGAGAACGCCACGCAGUCUGCCCACAGAGACGGCCCUGUUGUGUGCAGCGCUGAGACAGGAGUAGGAGGUCCAAAAAAGGAGGAGCUUUGGGAGUGCAGUAGGCAGACAACAGGACAGGACAGGGAGGAGAGCAACAGAUGUACUUCAGCAAGUGGGAAUCCUGAAAGGAAUGACAGCCAUCUGACACAUCUCUAUUCAUCUACUAAACAGGGUGUGGCAUGGUACUCUGACCAGGCCCACACCCAGCCUCAGGCCCAGAGGAAAGCACAGGCCCAGACAGGCAAGAAGCUCCAUGUGUACCUGGAGGAAACGAGUGUGAUUCAGUGUGGUGAGAACAGUUGUGCUGGGCAGGAAGUUGUCCGCACCAAACUCACAAAAAGCCUUCAAGUCCUCCCUAAGGCAAAGUCAUCACCAAGUUUUCAUUUAGCAAAUAGCUCAAGUGCAGAGAACAAAGAGACAAAUGCGAGAUCUGCUGCUGGGGCACAGGAUUAUUACGGCGCACUAGUAGGAGUGCCACUAAAAUCCCACAAAGACUCACAGUUAGAGCCUGAACCAGAUCAAGAACAAAUAGAAGAAGACAUCAUGGGGCGUAAAAACUCAGCCAGAAAAAGAAGGAAAAACUCUCAGGGCGAUGGAGGGAAAGCUCCUGCGGAAACAAUCCCUCCAACUGCACAACCUGCCUCAGAGGGAUUCCCUAAGUCAGAUAACUUAGUGAGUAGCCUAAAGAGCAAAAGUGAGGCACCUGAAGACUCCUCCUCCUCCGAGCAAAACCCCACCUCACAGGCCUCACCUGAAGGAGGGGAAAGAAAGACUUCCUGCCCCGCCACGGUCAAGCAGUUGGACAACCUUCAAGACUUGAACUGUGUGGCGGAUGAAGGUGCAGACAUGGAGGGCAAUGACGAUUUUUAUAGAGUAGAAAGGAAGACAGAGACACCAGAGUCCAAACGCAGGAGCAUUAAGGUUUCUCAGAGUGAGGUGAAGCUUUUUAGAAAACAUGUUCGUCUGAAUCCAAAGAAAAGUCCAGCUGAAGAUGACAAGGAUUGGAAUGCAGCAUUAAAGAAUACCAAAGGUGAUGAAAAGGAUACACCCAAAACAGAGAAUGAUGGCAGAGUACACACCCCAAAGAAGGCUGAUGACGAGCGUAAGCCAACGACUGCCAGGAUUGCGGAUAAAAUCAGCCUUUUUGAGAAGCAGCAGCAACAACCUACGGGUGGCCACAAGCAGACCUUCAGAAUCCCGAGGAGUGCUGAUGUGUCUCCAAAUAGACAACCCACCGAGCGGUUGAAAGUGGAUUUUCUUGCGUCUGAUCAGAGGUCAAGAUCAGCUGAACGUUACAGCACGGAACAGCCACCUGUCAUGGAAAAGCUGAUGACCAUCAGGGAGCGAGUGCAGAAAUUAACAGACGUGUCUGUGUCGGAGGAUAAAUCUGUGAAGCCUCAAACACCGGCCGUGAAAGGAAUGUCUCACAAAUCCACCUCGUCUGUGGCAGACGUUACGUCAAAGUCUCCAGAACUGGACGGUCAAGGUAAACUGGAUACAAAAGAGCUGAUACAGACAAAAGCAGUGUCAAAGAUAGCACUAAAACCAGAAGGACGAGAUACGACUCCUUUAGGGGAGCACACGUCCAUUCCCACACUACAACAAACAGACUGGAAAACAAAGGAAACGGUGGUCUCAGAAGCAACAGAUCAAGGUACGAAACCCAACAGCGCUGAAACAGAUCCUCCAGCUGAAGAACUAGGCGAUUCCAAAGAAGUGACCAAUAACAUUAGCCCAUCUCCCAAAGGCCCUAGCAGAACAGGCUCCCGCUCUAAAAGACGGAAAAAUAGAGACCCAACCAGUCCGAUCAGUCCAAGCAUUCAAAACAAACCAGAGUGCUCUGCAAGUAAGUCAAAGGUCACCGCUACAAAGCCAGAUAAGAGUGAUGAAACAAAUGAGACUGCCUCUUCUCCCAAAAAGCUUUCAGAAAAAGAGCCAUCUCAAGUUCAAAGAAGAAAAUCUGACGAACAGCCACUGAGCCAGCAGAAGGAAUUUAAAAAGGAAGUGGAGGAAUCCGAUAAACAGGAGAAACAGUUAGAUGCUUCAUUUAAAAAGGUGAAUAUUCACCAGUCAGUAAACACACCAGCAGGAUUACCUCAACCAUCUGUCAGCAAAGAUGAACCUGAUACUGCUGCUUGUAGCAGCACAACAAAGGUGCCCGCUAACAAGGACUCCAUUGAUUUACCCCAAAAAGAGGAAGAAGCAGAGAGACAAAGUCUGACAUUUGAAAUGGAAAGAAAAAAGGCUUCCGUGGAAGUCACGGAACCUUUAGUUUCCCCCAAAUCACCUUUGGUUGAACCAACUAUUGAGAAGCCUUCUGCAGUGGAGGAGGAGUCACCUGUUAAACUUCCCAAAUUAGAUAAAGAAUUUUCAGUGCAAUUUGAGUCAAAAGAUAAAGAAAAAAGGAAGAAGCCUAGUAAAAAAGAAACACAGCAACCUCAAAACAAGGACACAGAACUAAUAACUCACGCUGAACCUGCAGAUGUGGUGAAAUUAGAGAAGGUGGUGAGUGAGAAAACAAAUCAGACUGAGGAGAAAGUUAAAGAAAAACCACAGCAGCGCCUGCCUCUAGAUGAAAGUGCUGCAAAGCCCAAGGUUUCACACAGUGUGCAGGCGAUCACAGGGAAAGAGGAAAGUGUUGCAAGGGAUGAUGAAAGAAAAAUUCCGGAAAAAAAUGAGGAGACACAACUGGUUAAAGACAUAAUAAGACCAGAAACUAAAGAACCAGAACCAGCUUCUCGGUCAGAAAAGAGCAGCGGCUCAUCAGAUCUCCCUGCUCAAACACAACAUCUCAGUCAGUCGGUGACUGCACCUUCAGAAAAAGCCGCUGUUUGUACCAUCACCCAGGCUAAUGAGGCUGUGAGUGGCGCCAAGAGUGAUAAAGAGCUUGGGAAGGUAGAGACGCUUAUAAAUGGGCCUUCUGAGUUGCAGACUCAUUCUGCAGAAAGCCCCAGAACAGAAGGAGAGCCAGUGGUGAUUGCACAGCCUAAUUCUGCAUCUGUGGAAAAAGCAGAGAAUUCACGGGAUGACUCAUGUACACAUGGAGCUAAUGAUUCAGAGUUCUCCAGCACAAAUCCUAUUACCAAAGCAGCUACGGCCAGUGAGGAAGUGAAGGCAAAAGUCUCUAAUGACACUCUAUUUUCAAUCACUGACAUGACACAUGGGCAAAACAAAGAAUCAUAUGUGGAAGAGCCUUCUUCUACUUCUGUUUGCAAAUCUGCAAACACAGAGAGAGGUGGGCAGGAAGAUGAGGAAAAAAUCUCAACUGUCAAAUCAGUGACCUCAGAAAUCAGUACCUCUGGAGAUAUGACAAAACCAGUCUCCGGCCACACACUGUCUGAUGAAUCCAAAAAUAUAGAGAAUGGCAGCGAUAUUACACCACUCAGGGAUGCUGAAAACAUAACACAGAGCCGCCCUGAUAGCACUGCUGCUAGCCACACAGUGAAUGUGACUGAGAAUUCAGCUGUGAUGGGAUUGCAUUUGCCAGUGAAUGAAGUUUCAUCUCAUAUCAAUCGUGACAUUUCCACACAUUUAGAAGUCAAGCCAGUUAAAAAGGAGCCUGUUGAUAACAAUCUGAGACGGUCUUCAAAACCACCCACUUCCCCAGAGUCUAACAGGCUGAUCCCAGGCUCAAUACAGCAUUCAUCCAUGAAGAAGUUCCAAUUGCCACGGGGUCUAGGCAAAGAUGACUCCUCGAAACAGCAAGAUGCCCCCUCUAGCUGGCUGGAUGUGGACUUCCCCAAAUGGAAACUUAAAGUCCAGGAGCAAAAGCUGACUUCUUCUGGAAGUGAGAGCAAUCUUCUGGACACUCCUGGCGAGCUAGAUGAUCAUGAUUUUGUUGAGAAAAUCAAGAAACUUUGUGCCCCAUUUUCCCUCCCACCACGGAAGCACAACCACCUCCGACCACCUCAGCCCCCAUUUGCAAUGCCAGCCAUUAAGGAGGACCGCUUUGAGAAGACUUUUGACCCAGAGGAGUUUACAUUUGGCUUGAGAAAAAAGCCUGAGUUUACCAUAAACACAUCACUGAGCCUUUUUUCCAAGAACCCAAACACAGAUACAAAAUCUGUCCUGAAGCCUGCCAGGGUUAGCUUUGCAGACAAGAGCAUGCUGCUUAAUAGCCUAGACACACACUCCCGCCUCAGGGACAAAACCCCUGUCAAGGAAGAGGAGGACGUGAAGGAACAGAAAGAUGAUCAAAUCAAGGUGAAGUCUCGCUUGGAGGGGAGCUGCGUUCUGAGUAGUCUCACCUCCCUUUACAGAGGAAGGAGAAAUGGAGUUCAAGCCGAGUCAGAGGGCACUGGCUCAGGAAACGUAUCGCCUACUGAAGCCUCCAAGCUGAGCCCUCCACCUUCGUCCCAGCCACCCCCACCAAGCCCGUCAGCCACAGCUUCAAUCAAAGACACUCUAGCCAAGCAGAGUGAAGAGGAAACCCGUGCUGCAGAGGCUGUGGUUAGUGACUCAGGUCCUCCAUUUCCUUCUUUUAACGACAUCAAACUGCCUGACUAUUUAGAGAAGUACCUCCCAAGAGAUCAAGUAAAGCCAGUACAGAGCAUACAAGGACAGGAUCAAGUCAAACCAGAGUUAAUUAAGAAAAUGGCCACUCAUGUUGCUGGAGAUGAAGCAGACAGCGUUGCAAAACCAGGUCCGGUGCUUCCUGACACUGCUGCUCCAUGCUUUCCUGUUGUUCCUCCAACAAAACAACCAACCCUCCCCGAACUAAAGCAGCCUCCGGCUCAGCCGCAGGGAGUACUUAGAAGUAAUAUAAGAACUGUGAAGGGAUUUCACAAACGCCCUGGAAAGGUGGUGCUGUUUGAAAAACCUCAGUUCAGUGGCCAGGCAUAUGAGAUUUACAGGGAUAUGCCAGAUGCUACAUCUCUGCAGCUCCCGCCUUUCAUAUCUGUGAAGGUUGUUAGAGGAUGCUGGAUGCUGUAUGAGAAGCCGGACUUUCAGGGACGCACCAUCGCCUUGGAGGAGGGGAGCACAGAAUUGGCAAACGAUUGGGCAGAACCUCAAGUGGGGACAGAACCGCACAACAGCCCGCCAAUGGUGAUCGGCUCUAUUCGACUUGCUGUCAGGGAUUACAGCAUCCCCCAUAUUGAUCUGUUUACUGAACCCGAAGGCCACGGCAGAGUAACACCAUACCACGACGACACAAUAGAAACUGGCUCAUUCGGCAUCCCACUGAGUACUGCUUCCAUUCAAGUGCACUCUGGGGUGUGGCUGCUUUUCAGUGAUCCAGGGUUUGAGGGCAUGGUGUCUGUCCUGGAAACAGGAGUGUACCCUUUUCCUGAGACCUGGGGUUUCCCGUCACCCUUCGUGGGAUCUCUUAGACCACUUAAAAUGGGUGGUUUCAAAGUGGAGAAUUCCAGUGAAGUCAAGGCUGUUCUAUAUGAGAAGCCCGGCUUUGAAGGCUCCGGUAUGGAAGUUGACGGUGAAAUUUUCAGCUUUUGUGAGAGUGAAGGAGAUGUUCCUGCAGACCUUGACACAAUGAAACUGAAGUCCGUGGGCUCUUUGAAGAUCAUUGGAGGAUUCUGGGUGGGCUACAGCGAGUCUGGGUUCGAGGGUCAGCAGCACAUCCUGGAGGAAGGAGAGUACCUGGAGUGCAGUGACUGGGGUGGCUCAGAACUUCUGUCAUUGCGACCGAUACUGUCUGAUUUCAUGUCUCCACACCUCAAAAUGUUCAGCGACAGAGAUUUUGGCGAGCUGGGGAUGAACAUUGACCUCUCAGUGCCUGUUAUUAACAUGGAUGAGACGGGCUAUGGCAUGAAGACGCAGUCUAUUGAUGUCGGCGGUGGUGUCUGGGUUGUGUUUGAAGAGCCAGGCUUUUGUGGCGAGCCUUAUGUCCUGGAAAAAGGCCUGUAUGGAAGCCCAGAGGACUGGGGGGCACUGCAGCACAGAGUUGGCUCAACAAUGCCUGUCAUGCUGGAUGAUUUUGAGAACACAUCCAAAUUUAAGGUGCAGCUUUUCUCUGAUCCAGGUUUUAAGGGCUCUGUCCUCACUCUGGAGGACAAUGUGACCUCCCUGCAGGAUGGUUUCUCUGUGGCCUCAUGCAAGGUUCUAGCUGGCAGCUGGAUGGCUUUUGAGGGCCAAGACUUCACUUGCAGGAUGUAUGUGUUAGAAGUGGGAAACUACCCAGAUCUGAGAUCAAUGGGCUGUGUCAGUACAAGCUCCUCCAUCCUGUCACUACAGACUAUUGGCUUUGAGUUCUCACUUCCAUCCAUCACUCUUUUUGAGCGAUGUGGUCUGCGUGGGAAGAGAGUGGUCCUAACGGACGGAUCAGUCAACCUCCAGCUGGCCGGAGGAUGUGGCAGAGUCCAGUCUGUGCUGGUGGAAGGAGGCCUGUGGGUGCUAUACGAGGGAAUCAACUAUCGGGGUGCUCAGAUUUUGCUAAAGCCUGGAGAGGUGCUCGACUGGCGGAAACACAGCAACUGGCAGAAAAUUGGAUCGCUCCGCCCUCUUUUACAGAAGCAAGUGCACUUCCGUUUAAGGAACAGACAGACGGGGCUAAUGAUGUCGGUGACCGGGGAUUUAGAUGAUGUCAAACUGCUACGGAUACAAGAAACAGAAGAAGCAGAUGGUUUGGAGCAGAUUUGGUUCUACCAGAAUGGACGCCUACACUGCAAGCUCUUGGAGGAGUGCUGCCUAAGUCCCAGUGGUAGUGUGACAAUUGCAGGAAGCCGUGUGGGUCUCACUCCAGACCCAGGUGACCAAAUCCACCUCUGGAGCAUCACUCCUGAGGGCUUCAUUCGCUAUGUUCUCAACCCUGAUCUAGUCCUGGAAGUCAAAGGUGGUCAUCUUUAUGACAAAAACCAAGUGAUUCUGAACACACCUGAUGCAAGUAAACUACAACAAAGGUGGGAUGUGGAGAUUAUAUGAAAACAAAGUCUGCUGAACUGGAUCCCUGACACACUAAUGUAGUGACACACAGUGCUCACAAACGAGGUACGCCGCUGGAGGUUCUCAACAUUUUGCUGCAGGGGAACCAUGAGAGGGGAGAUGAAGAGGUCAACUUGGAGAGAAAUUAAGGAUUUUGGUAGAAUGUAUGGCUACGUAACAAACAGUUCAUUCAGGACUUGAAAUAUUUAACAUGUUAUUCUUACACCGUUUGUCAGUUUGGGGUCAAUUUGAAAAGUCCUGCUUUUAAAAGAAAAAAAAUAUUUAAAUGAUUGGAAAUGUUUUAAGAUGCAAUUAAGGAUUCCUUUCUGCUGAAAGAACAGGAAAGUUUGACUUGUUUAGUGUACGGUGAUUUUUGGCUAUCUUGAGACAAAAACUGGCCUUUUAGCCUGACUGUACAUUAGCCUACACAUAUGCAGAUAAUCCAUAAAAAAUCCUUUGUUUGAUUUAUGAUUCCACGUUCCAUUGUUAUUUACAAGGUAUCUGAUCAAGUAAAUGUUUUACCAGAAAAAAAAAAAAUUAAUAUUGUUGUACAUUCAAAAACAAGACAUUUUCUAGGUGACCCCAAACUUUUUGAGCUGUAUCUCCAUUGAACAAAUCUGUUUUUGCAUUAUUUUUAUUAACUUAAAACAGUGUUAAAACUUUUUUUGGAUUUUCUUUUAAUGAAAUGUGCUGUUAUUUAGUACAUAUUGCUUUUUUCCAGCUGCAUGCAACACAAGGAAACAAAUAUCAUGUAUUUUAUUUUUGUUUAAUCAAAACUAUUCAACAUAGAACUU